AAUGGGUAUUAAGAGAAUUUCUUUUAUUUUUCGUUGCAAAAUAGACAUUAUCCAUCUUUUAAAUACAGAUAUUUGAUUCUCAUAAUUUUUUCUUCUGAAUGGGAAAGGAAGGGAAAUAGUAAUACACAUGGUUUGCGGUUAUUGCGCAGUCGGAUGAUUUAUCCAGUGCGGAUGGUAGUUGCUGGGGUUUUAUAUAUAAAAGAAUCUCAUAAUUUAGGUGCUCCAUCAAACGUAAAUGCAAAAGAAAAAUAAGACAGGGAGGUGCACCGUUCCUGUAAAUGGUUUGGGGCGAAGCGAAGGGCCAUGACCAUAUUAACAAACCCCGCUUCUCCGUCGUUUCAAAAGGCAGUGCAGAUUAAGACACGCCUCCUUCAGGGCCUCGACACAUUUAAUCAAUUCAAGCAUGUCCACGCCGCGCUUCUUCGUCAUGGCCUCGACCAGGACAACUAUCUACUUAACAUGCUCCUGCGAUCCAGCUUCGACCUCGGUAACACCAGCUACACCCGCCUCCUCUUCGACCAAACCCAAGAACCCAAUAUCUUCCUAUGGAACACCAUGGUCCGCGGCUUGGUCUUCCAAGACUGCUGCGAAGAAGCCUUGCAGUUUUACCACUGGAUGCGUGGACAGGGAUUCUUGCCCAACAGCUUCACUUUCCCUUUCGUUCUAAAGGCGUGCUCACGGGUAUUGGAUUUUCGGUUGGGGUUGAAGGCGCAUUCUCUUGUGGUGAAGGCCGGAUACGAUGACCAGGUGUUUGUUAAGACCAGUUUGCUAUCAUUGUACGCGAAAUGUGGGUAUUUGGACUAUGCUUAUAAAGUGUUUGAUGAAAUCCCUGACAAGAAUAUUGUGUCUUGUACUGCGAUCAUUAGUGGCUAUGUAGGGCAGGGGAAGUAUAAGGAAGCUAUUGAAUCAUUUAGGAGGUUGUUGGAGAUGGGUUUGAGUCCGGACAGUUUUACCAUCGUGAGAGUCCUAAAGGCCUGCACCAAGGCUGGGGAUUUGAGAAGUGGAGAGUGGAUAGAUGGAUACAUUUCGGAGAUUGGGAUGACAAGGAAUGUGUUUGUGACUACCUCUUUUGUUGACUUUUAUGCUAAGUGUGGAAGCAUGGAGAAAGCGCGUUGUGUCUUUGAUGGGAUGCAUGAAAGGGAUAUAGUUUCUUGGAGUUCUAUGAUACAAGGUUAUGCAUCCAACGGGCAGCCCAAAGAAGCCCUAGACCUUUUCUUCAAAAUGCUGAAGGAGAAUCUGAGACCAGAUCGAUAUUCCAUGGUUGGAGCUCUUUCUGCUUGUGCAAGAUUAGGAGCACUGGAGUUAGGGGAGUGGGCAAGCAAUUUGAUGGAUAGAAAUGAUUUUUUGGCUAAUCCAGUGUUGGGUACAGCGUUAAUUGAUAUGUAUGCUAAAUGUGGGUGCAUUGCAAGAGCCUGGGAAGUCUUUCAGGGGAUGAAGGAGAAAGACCGAGUGGUAUGGAAUGCUGUGAUAUCUGGGCUUUCCAUGACUGGGCAUGUCAAAAGCGCAUUUGGGCUUUUCGGCCAAGUGGAGAAAUUUGGGAUUCAACCUGAUGGGAAUACUUUCAUGGGCUUGCUUUGUGCCUGUACUCAUGCUGGUUUGGUUAAUGAGGGUCGCCGAUAUUUCAAUAGCAUGCAUCAUGUCUUUUCCUUGACUCCUACAAUUGAACAUUAUGGUUGCAUGGUGGAUCUUCUUGGUCGUGCAGGUUUACUAGACGAAGCUCAUCAGUUUAUAAAAAAUAUGCCGAUGGAAGCAAACGCGGUGGUUUGGGGAGCCUUGUUGAGUGGAUGUAGGUUGCAUAAGGAUAUUUACCUAGCUGAACAUGUUCUAAAGCAACUCAUUGCGAUAGAACCAUGGAACUCGGGAAAUUAUGUUCUCUUGUCAAAUAUAUAUUCUGCAAGUAAUAGAUGGGAUGAUGCAGCAAAAAUAAGGUCAAACAUGAAUGAGAAAAGAAUGGUAAAAAUACCUGGUUGCAGUUGGAUUGAAGUGGAUGGAAUUGUCCAUGAGUUUCUUGUGGAUGACAAGUCCCAUCCCUUGUCGGAGAAGAUCUACACAAAGCUUGCUGAACUCGCUAAGGGGUUGAAAGCGGUCGGAUUUGUUCCAACCAUAGAUCAUGUGCUUUUUGACAUAGAAGAGGAGGAGAAGGAGCAUUUCCUUGGUUGUCACAGUGAGAAACUGGCAAUUGCAUUUGGUUUGAUCACCACAACUCCAAAGGAAGUGAUUCGAGUUGUGAAAAACCUUCGUGUAUGUGGUGAUUGUCACGAGGCCAUAAAGUUUAUUUCAAAAAUUACAGGCAGAGAGAUAAUUGUCAGAGAUAACAAUAGAUUUCACUGUUUCAAUGAUGGUUCAUGUUCAUGCAAAGAUUACUGGUGAUUUAGCUAUAAGUCAACUUAAGAAUGGGCUUGACCAUUUAUAAGUUGAAGUUGCAUCCUCUGGAGUAACAACAGUUGAAGCUUAAAGGGACAUGAAGUUCUGCAAACUGAAGGGCAUUGCAACAAAAAUAGCACCCAGACCCUAAGCAAAAGGUUAUGCUGGAGAAAUGGGGAGACUCAAAAGCUCUGAAUACCGCAGGCAAAGUAAGACCUCUACUUCUCUCUCUUUGCAUUACAUUAUAUUUUGGACAACAUAUAUGGCAGCAUUUUAAACAACAUUCUAAAACCAGUAUAUAGUGGAGAGAGAGAGAGCAUAUUUGCUAAAACUCAAAUUGUUUCUCAAACGGAGCCAUGAUUUUUGUUCUUGUGGUGGUUGCUUAAUUUUCCUGCACCAGAGGAUAUAUGGUUCAUCGGUUGCUCAAACCUUCUGUUGGUGCAAAGCUGCUCAUUGAAUCAUAUCGUAUCUGAAAAAGCUCAUUGGGAAUUCGGCAUGAUAUACUGGGCUGGGGGUCUGUUUAAUUGAGUGGGCCUAGUCAGAUCAAACAAAUGAUGCAAAAUGUCGCAUGAGCCGGCCCAACAGUACUGAGUACAUAUUGGGCCAUGCUAGGCUUUGCGAAGGCCCA